AUGGACUUCGUCAACAAGCUCACCGGAAACAAGAACGAAGCCUCUGGCUCCGACGCCCAACAGCAGCCCGAGAAGAAGGAGUCUGGCGGCUUCAUGGACAAGCUCAAUGGCAUGGCCGGUGGUGGCCCCGAGAGCGAGAAGCAGGAGGACCACCUUGACAAGGCUGUCGACAUGUUCCAAGAAAAGGUCCUCGGCCAAGGUCCCCAGGAUAACGAAAGCGCUGCCGAGCAGGCCAAGGAUGAGCAGAUCUCAGACUUUAUCAGAGGCCAAUACAAGAACACCACCGGCAAGGAGUUCCCAGUCGAAGACAAGGACAAGAAGUACGGCCUGUAG